AUGCGAUUCAAAAAGUUUUGCAAAUUAGAUGAGAGCUUUGAAGACGAAGAACAAGCUUAUACAAGCAUAAUUACAAAACACAAAUUAACGCAUGAAGCUAAGCUAAUUCCAAAAGAUAAUUCCAAAAAUGCCACUAUACGACAAAUUUCCGAGACACCAAUCUUAAGAAUAGAAGAAAGGAAGAAUAUUCUCCUGCUAUCUGUAGGGUUUGGAGUGAUAACACUCUACUUAUACAGAAAAGAAUUUGGAUGUUUAAUCUUAGUCACGAUCGAACUUGAUCCAACAGACCUGAUGCAACCUGAUCACGAUCCAGCAGUACAUCACUACACAUUUACUUAUGUUUCUUUUAUCACAGAACUUCUUUCAUGUUUAUUCGCAAUACAUUUCAAGAUAUGUUUAGUGGAAAAUGGGCGUAAAGAAAACUUGUUGAGCGAAAUUUAUUUUAAAGCCAACUAA